UAUAUAGCCAUAUCUAAGCGGGCAAAUUCAGAAAAAACAUCAUUUUCUGUUUGUUUACAUCAUAUGUAUAUAUGUACAUAUUAGAUUUACAAAAAUUUUAAUCACAUGUUUAAAUUGAACUACAUUAACACUUCAUGAUAUUUUAAAAUGACUUGAACUAUUCACAAAAUACUACAGUAUGUACAAAAUAUUUGGGGGAGGAAAUGUAUAUUCCAGUCUCUUCUUUCCAUGUGCAGGGAUGGAACAGAAUGGGGAGGAUUCCAAGAUAUUUCUUCGCCCAGUUUCAAAAGGCAAUUCAUUGGUUUGAUAAGCACAUCGCGGCUUCGGUAACAAUAUUUUACCUUUAAUGAUGUAACACAGAUUUGUAAUCGAAGUGUAUCAUCAAAUUUGUAUAUACAUUAUAAAUUUGAAAAUAAAAAAUGUCGGGAUAUUGUUUUAUUGUGCAUUGUGUCGUUAACAUGUGAAAAUGUGUGGCCUACAUUAAAUAGAGUUGGCAAACAUUUAAAAGGCGUUUUAGCAACACCUUUUUCAAGGCGUAAUCGACCAGUUAUUAUUUUGUGAAAAUCUAUAACCAGAUAUAAAACCAUUGUAUACGCAUCCACAUUGUUUACUAAAAAUAUUAUUACCGAUACCAUUGGAUGCUGAAAGGAUUCUUCAAAUAAAUAUCACACUUUUCUAUCAUUCUACAGACAUUUUCUCAUUGAAGGCGUACAUUAAAGUUACUAUGAAGUUCAUAAUCGAAGUAUUGAGAUUAUUUAUAAGGAAGCCAUCUUCGGGCGAAACACUCAGAGCUUGGAUACUUUCUGCUCUUAUGGUACAUGGAGCAGUAGCUGGAAACCCCGAUGCAAAACGGUUAUAUGAUGACCUCUUGAGCAACUAUAACAAAUUAGUUCGGCCUGUUGUUAAUACCACUGAUGUUCUUAAAGUUUGCAUAAAAUUAAAGCUUUCGCAGCUUAUAGAUGUGAACCUAAAAAAUCAAAUAAUGACCACAAAUCUUUGGGUUGAGCAGUCCUGGUACGAUUACAAACUUCGAUGGGAACCGAAAGAAUACGGUGGAGUUCACAUGUUGCACGUUCCUUCCGAUCAUAUAUGGAGACCGGAUAUUGUUCUUUAUAAUAAUGCUGAUGGUAACUUCGAAGUGACUCUUGCUACAAAAGCCACAAUUUACUCUGAAGGAUUAGUUGAAUGGAAGCCACCAGCUAUAUACAAAUCAUCCUGUGAGAUAGAUGUAGAAUAUUUCCCAUUUGAUGAACAAACCUGUGUUCUAAAAUUUGGCAGUUGGACUUAUGAUGGGUUUAAGGUUGACUUGAGGCACAUGGAUGAACAGCAGGGCAGCAACGUGGUCGACGUUGGUGUGGACCUGUCGGAAUUUUACAUGUCUGUUGAAUGGGAUAUUCUCGAAGUGCCAGCAGUAAGGAAUGAAAAGUUUUAUACAUGUUGCGAUGAACCUUAUUUGGACAUAACAUUUAACAUUACAAUGAGGAGGAAAACGCUGUUUUAUACAGUUAAUAUAAUAAUACCAUGUAUGGGUAUUUCAUUUUUAACUGUAUUGACCUUUUACCUACCAUCGGAUAGUGGAGAAAAGGUUACACUAUCUAUUUCCAUCCUGAUUAGUUUACACGUGUUUUUUCUUUUGGUGGUUGAAAUCAUUCCUCCCACGUCAUUAGUUGUACCUUUACUUGGGAAAUAUCUAAUAUUUGCUAUGAUACUUGUAUCUAUAAGCAUAUGCGUGACGGUUGUUGUUUUGAAUGUCCAUUUCCGAUCCCCUCAAACUCAUAGGAUGGCACCCUGGGUUAAACGCGUAUUUAUAGACUUUUUGCCUUCAUUUUUAUUCAUUAAGAGACCUACGUACAACUUUGAAACAAGUAAAUUACUUUUAAAGGACACCCACGCCUGCUUUUAUCCUUAUUACUCUGCAACAAAUAUUGAUCGACUUGUGCCUUCAGGAUAUAAUUCCAGUCAGCAGAAGGAAGAUUCAUCGCAGAGCCUGACUGCCAAUGGUCCCUUUGGAGGAAGCUGUCAAGUGCAUGGCCCUGUGCUGCCACUCACUCAUUGUAGCUCAGACGAAAUAGCAGCCGUCCCGGAUAUAGAUACCGGAUCUUUAAGGAUAAAGAGUCCCCUUCUAAACAAUCCAGCAUUUUCUCAUUCCAAAUGUCUCCCCAAGAUUCACAAAAGCUGCUUUUGUGUGCGGUUUAUAGCGGAGCAUACUAAAAUGCAAGAAGAUUCGACAAAAGUCAAAGAGGAUUGGAAAUACGUUGCUAUGGUGUUAGAUAGACUUUUUCUUUGGAUAUUUACGUUGGCUGUUGUAGUUGGUACCGCUGGAAUCAUUUUACAAGCCCCUACAUUGUAUGAUGACCGCAUUCCAAUUAUUGAACAAAAGGAUUUGGACUUUUCUGGAACAUCGGCUGGACGCUGCAGACCUCCGCAAUAACAUCAUUAUAUUGGAUGGAAUAAAGGAUAAAGUUGUGAUGGUUUAAAUUGGUAUUAUCAUCAUAAAAAAAUCAUAAUACUUAAAUUAGUGUUUUUUUCAAGUAAAAUUAAACUUGAAUCUAAAAAUUUAAUUAAAGAUACUUCUGCCACAAUUAGCGAGAGCAUAAAAUCUCUACAUUUGAAAAGCUUCGGCGACCUAUUGUUAAAUAGGCUACCAUAUAACAAGUUUACAUACGAUUUCCACUGAUUGUACGGUAGUGCUAAGUUCAAUUGUAAUUUAAAUGUAUACGUUUUAGUCAAUAAAAUUAAGCUCUAAUAACAAAAUAAAGAGCUUGGUUAAAUUUUGUAUGUGCCCCAUUCUGUUAUGAUAUUUUUUCUAAAGUCGAAUCGAAAAAUCAAUACAACUAUACAAUACAAAUCAAUACAACAUUGUUUUUGACUGUAAAAUAUUACAUUUUAAUGUUUUGUGUUAUCAGUGUUUUUCCUUAAACUAUUAAUUGACAUGUUUUUCCUAAUCAAUAAAAUCUUUAAAAUCAUAAUAAUAAAAAUUAAAAGACAUAAGUUCUCACUAGGUUUUAAAAUAUUUUACUUUAUUACUAAACAUUAGCGUGAAAAAAUGUGAAAUAGAAAGUUAACAUUUUAGCAAAUAGGAAUAUAAAUAUUUAAA